CGCGCAAAACACAAAGUCCCUGACCGUCGAAGUGUUAUGAUUAUUCUCCACACCAGUCGCCAUAUGACAGGGAAAACACAUCUGAACAAGAGCGCUCGAAAAUAGACGAAGUUAUCGAUUCCCCGCACUUCUGUCCUUCUGCCGCUUGUCGACAUCUCACUAGGCGAUAGAGACCUGUACGUCCACGUCACAUACGCGUACACGACCGUCACUUACAGCAGCCAUGCUGAGCUGUGGCGAUGAUAACGUGGCAGUUGCAAAAAGCACGGUACUAAAUGUGGUUUUGUCGAUGAUACGGUGCUGCGCGGAGUGUGCGCCCAUCGGCUUGUGGUGACUGUUUUUCCGGGAUUUUUUUUUCCCCACCGGGACCAGGUGAGGAUGCGGUGCCUGACGCCCCGGCGCAGAAAACGGCUGAUGCUGGUCGCCGGUGCCUCGUUUGUCGUCAGUGCGUUGGUCUUGAUGACCAUCAAACCAGACAGCACUACAGAUAUACUGGGACCUUGGGAGCGCCACAGAGAUGAUGUCGUUGACCCUAACCACCAGGCACAGUCACCGGGGCUGUCCAUCGGCCCACCGGUCCUCGACAAGACCUCCCUGGGGAAUUACGAGCCGCGCAUCCCGCGGCCGGAGCGGGAGGGACCCGGUGAGUUCGGCCGGGCGGUGAAGACGGACCUCGGGGAGGAGUCCAAGUACCGAAAGAGCAUCAUGGAGUUCGGAUUCAACGUGGUGCUUAGCGACGAGAUAUCGCUGGACCGGGCCGUGCCGGACAUCAGAGAUCCAGAAUGCAAGUACUGGCACUACCCGGAGAAGCUGCCCAACGCUAGCGUGGUGCUGGCCUUCUCCAAUGAGGGAUUUUCAACCCUCAUUCGGACCGUUCACAGCAUCAUCAAUACGUCGCCUCCGGAACUGCUGGCUGACAUCGUCAUGGUGGAUGACAUGAGCGAUAAAGAGCAUCUUGGCAAGGAACUGGAGGAGUACAUCAAGAAAGACCGCUUUCAGGGCAAAGUUCGGCUCGUCCGCAACACCAAGCGAGAGGGCCUGGCUGGCUCGAGAACCAACGGCGCUAUGGCGGCCAGAGGUCAAGUGGUCGUGUUCCUAGACGCUCACUGCGAAUGUGGCGUCAACUGGUUGCCGCCCUUACUGGCUGAGAUAGCGCACAGCAGGACUACCGUAGUCUGUCCAACCGUUGACGUCAUCAAAGCAGAGGAUCUAUCGUAUCAUCCUCAAGGCGAGCUAGCACGAGGCGCGUUUGAUUGGGCCUUUUGGUACAAGAGAAUUCCUGUCGAGUAUGGGAACACCAUGAAGCGGAUAGGAAUGAAAUAUUUUAGCCAGGCUUACGAUGCCCCUGCGAUGGCGGGAGGGUUGUUCGCAAUGGACCGGUCUUACUUCAUCGAACUCGGGGCCUACGAUCCCGGACUGUAUAUUUGGGGUGGAGAAAACUUCGAGAUAUCUUUUAAAAUCUGGAUGUGCGGAGGUCGGCUGAAGUUCGUCCCGUGUUCCAGGGUCGGUCAUAUCUACCGGCGUGGUGUGCCUUACAAGUACCCCUCAGUCGACGGGGACGUUAGCAUUGUGGACCGGAAUUACAUGCGGGUUGCCGAGGUUUGGAUGGACGAAUACAAGGAGCAUUUCUACACAUUCAAGCCACGAUUACGGGGUAAAUCCUUCGGUGAUAUCAGCCAGCAGGUGGAGUUUAGACGGAAACACUGCCCGAAAUCCUUCAAAUGGUUCAUGGAGAAUGUGGCCUUUGACUCGCUGGAACUAUUCCCGACACCAUCUCCAAAUCGCCUCUGGGGUGAGUUCCAUUUGAAGGAAACCACGUUGUGCCUGGACACCAUGGGCAGACAGUCGACCUCGCAGAUACUCGGAGCCAGCAAGUGCCAUGGUUGGGGCGGGAACCAGGAAUUUCGUCUGGGCACCAAUGGCCAGAUUCAAUUCGAUGAAUACUGCCUGGUCCCGUCUUGGGAUAAGACCAAGGUCAGAAUGACGCGGUGUCGAGACAGCAGCCGGAAGGUGCCGGAUCGGGACAAUUGGAGCUUUAGCGAGGAGGUAGGUCACAUUCGCCUCAAAGUCACCAACUUAUGCGUGGAAGUUGUGGACGAGAAAGACGUCUUUUUGCGGGACUGCAGCCCGGACAACCCGGGACAAAGCUUUGAGGUUAGGCCGGUGAAAUGACGGACCUUCGCGGUGCGAACCUAAUUUGUGAAAAAAAGAGCAAUACGAAAACCAAUUUUCGGGGAAAAUGACACACAAAAAUGGAACUCGUUUACCAAAAGGAGUUAAGAUAGAAGCAGUGCAUGGAACAGAAGCGGUGAGACGAGUGUCCAGUUGAUCUUUGUGGUUACGUAUUCUGCAGUGUGUUUUUGCUUCAUAAUGUACGUCCAGUGCAAUGCCUGAUCAGCAUGCACCCUUGACAAUACUUUUUAACCAGUGCAAUUCUAAGAGAGGAGAAGGACGUUUAAGACUUCGCAAGUGGAUCAGUGGAGGACCGGAACUUGCCGAGGUUUACUGCAAACAAUUUAAAUGAGUAGAUGGAAACCCUUUUUUGUUCUACAGUGACAACUAUUUUGUACGAUGUCAACAUUUUACAGUACUAUACAACAAGCAGCAAUACUGAGCCACAUUUGCCUUGAUUAUUUAAACGAAAUUUUGCCAACAGUGAUUGCUUGGUCUAUUGAUAAUGCAUCAUGUUAAAGGUGAUGGACACCGUUUGCGAACAUUAGAAAAUGAACUGUCAGAAUAUCGUGAAAUAUCCUACUUGAUCGUAAGUAAAUAAUAAGAUCAAGAACCCUGUAAAAUCGUUACGCCUGUAGUGGUGCUCUCAUUUUCGAGGAAAGAGGAAUUUACCAUCAAUGUCCUCUCGGAAUUCGUGACAAAUGACGGUACAUGUUCACAGUUUUCUGAAAAAGCAUGGUAUCUACUGAGCUUAUCUUCAACCUUUUGUUUUUGUUUAAAAAUAAGUUGCUUCAUAUUAUUGUAUCGAUGUCAUCUCAUGCAACAAUUUCAGUUAGAGCUGAAAAAUAAGUUACUAGGCCUAGAUAUAUUUUGUAGCUGUUAUAAAUAUUCUAUUGUUUUUGUUUUGUUUUUAUCGACAUGCAUUUAAUGAUCAAACUUUAUGCACUAACUGUUACAACGUGAUACUGCAUACAUCUCAGAUGCGCAUUAAAAUGUAAUGUGUGUGCCUCAAGUAAAGUACAGCAUAGCGCCCUCAAGUGUCAGAAAGAGCUCAAUAAAGAUUGCCUUAGAAUUUUU